UUUUGACGUCAUUGAGAAUAAAUCUAACGACCAAAGUUCCGUUGGACAUUUAAUGCGCUCAUACAUAAUUCCAGAAAAAUUAGGAAAAAGGAAAAAGAAAAAGAAAUCUGAGCGUUUUGGUUGUCGGCCCUGAGAGCUGAUGAUAAAUAGUAGAGUGGGAACCAAAUAGGAGGAGUAGAUCUAGAUCCCACAUCCAGUCCGCGCGCUUCCCUCUUUUGGAAUUUCGGUUUCUCAUUUUGGCAGGUUGUUACAACUCUAAAACAAUGUCCAGAAGACCCAAUACUUCUCGUCGCUUUGCAGACAGUGGGAGCAUUCCUUUUGUGGGUGCGCUGCAUCCCAAAUCCCGCCCAUCUCCACUACUAUCUGUUGGGCUUCUUGUGGUGGGAGCACUGCUGAUUGUUGGUUAUCUAUAUCAUGGUUCAGGUGGCAGGAGUAGUAACAUAGCUGCUUUAAACAGACUCGAUGGUGGUGUUUCAUGUACACUAGAACUUCAGAAAUUAGUACCUCUUCUUAAGAAAGCAUAUGGUGACAGCAUGCGGACAGUAUUGCAUGUAGGCCCUGAAACCUGCUCAGUAGUCUCUGAACUAUUAAAAGAAGAGGAUACUGAAGCUUGGGGUGUAGAGCCAUACGAGUUGGAUGAUGCUGAUGGCAACUGCAGGAGUCUUGUGCACAAAGGCAUUGUGCGAGUGGCUGAUAUCAAGUUUCCUCUUCCGUACAAGGCUAAGUCAUUUUCUCUAGUCAUUGUGUCAGAUGCAGUGGAUUACUUGUCACCAAGGUAUCUUAACAAGACUGUUCCAGAGCUGGCAAGAGUUUCUUCGGAUGGCUUAGUUAUAUUAUCUGGAUACCCAGGUCACCAGAGAGCUAAAGUGGCGGAGGUAUCCAAGUUUGGACGCCCUGCCAAGUUCCGGAGCUCAUCUUGGUGGGUAAAAUUUUUCAUCCAAAACGGCUUAGAAGAGAAUGAAACGGCAGUCAAGAAGUUUGAACAGGCAGCAGCCAAGAAAGCCUACAAACCGUCCUGCCAAGUUUUCCACCUCAAACCGUUGCAUUGAUCGGCUGCCCGGAGUCAGUAUUCUUUGUCCCAAAUGGCACAACAAGCCCUUUAGUUCAUACACUGUGAAGUGAAACUAUAAUUACUGCAGAAAUCGUGUUUAUUUGUUCAAUAUACCAACAUGAGACUUAAUUGUUGUUGAUUGAAAAUUUUGUUGAUCUUUAGUAGCAUUAUUACAGAAAUGUACCUUGUUUUUGUAGCAAGAAGUGCUCUGGAGAAUUGUCAGAGCUCACUGUAUGUUUGUCCCUUGUAACUUUUGCAAAAGAAUCGAAUAAUUUACUUGAAUUGAAUGCUGCUUACAUUUCA